CGGGCGUUGCCGGCGCCUUGUGACUCCGGGCUGUGGGCGCGCUCGCGGCUCUUCGGCCAUGGUUUUCUCAAAUAAUGAUGAAGGCCUUAUUAACAAAAAGUUACCCAAAGAACUGCUCUUAAGAAUGCUGUUCAGCUUGUUGUUAAAUUUUACUUGGUCUAAUCCAGAAUGUACUAAGUAUGUACAUAGCAUUGGUCUGGAUUCUUUUUGUAAUGUGGCCUGGAACAUCCUAGCCCUGGAUGGAAGCAACUGGCAAAGAAUAGACCUUUUUAACUUUCAAACAGAUGUAGAGGGUCGAGUGGUGGAAAAUAUCUCAAAGCGAUGUGGUGGAUUCCUGAGAAAGCUCAGCUUGCGAGGCUGCAUUGGUGUUGGGGAUUCCUCCUUGAAGACCUUUGCACAGAACUGCCGAAACAUUGAACAUUUAAACCUCAAUGGGUGCACCAAAAUCACUGACAGCACGUGUUAUAGCCUUAGCAGAUUCUGUUCCAAGCUGAAACAUCUGGAUCUGACCUCCUGUGUGUCCAUUACAAACAGCUCCUUAAAGGGGAUCAGUGAGGGCUGCCGAAACCUGGAGUACCUGAACCUCUCUUGGUGUGACCAGAUCACAAAGGAUGGCAUUGAGGCACUGGUGCGAGGCUGUCGCGGCCUGAAAGCCCUGCUCCUGAGGGGCUGCACACAGUUAGAAGAUGAAGCUCUGAAACACAUUCAGAAUUACUGCCAUGAGCUUGUGAGCCUCAACUUACAGUCCUGCUCACGCAUUACAGAUGAAGGCGUGGUGCAGAUAUGCAGGGGCUGCCAUCGGCUACAGGCCCUGUGCCUUUCUGGCUGCAGCAACCUCACAGACGCCUCUCUCACAGCCCUGGCUUUGAACUGCCCGAGACUUCAGAUUUUGGAGGCUGCGCGGUGUUCCCAUUUGACUGAUGCAGGCUUUACACUUUUAGCUCGGAAUUGCCAUGACCUGGAGAAGAUGGAUCUUGAAGAAUGCAUCCUGAUCACCGACAGCACACUCAUCCAGCUCUCCGUCCACUGUCCUAAACUGCAAGCCCUGAGCCUGUCCCACUGUGAGCUCAUCACGGAUGAUGGGAUCCUGCACCUGAGCAACAGCACCUGUGGUCACGAGAGGCUGCGGGUCCUGGAAUUGGACAACUGCCUCCUCAUCACCGACGUGGCCCUGGAGCACCUGGAGAACUGCCGCGGCCUGGAGCGCCUCGAGCUGUACGACUGCCAGCAGGUUACCCGCGCGGGCAUCAAGCGGAUGCGGGCUCAACUCCCUCAUGUCAAAGUCCAUGCCUACUUUGCUCCUGUCACCCCCCCGACAGCAGUGGGAGGAAGUGGACAGCGACUGUGCAGGUGUUGUGUCAUUCUUUGACGGCGGCUACCUGAGCCCAAGGCACGAUGAAGUGUCCCUUCCUCCAGAGAAGACCCGAGUCUUCCUGACCUGCUCCACCUUCACCCAAAUCUCUUGGUUCUCCAUCGGGAAAGACAUUUACAGGUAAAAGACUUCGGUAGGGACUGCAGUAACUCUGGUGAUAGUUUUCACCUUUAAUCUGCUACGAUGCAAUCGAAUCAAAGCCUUGUGUCUGCCAGCACCUGGCAAGAGUGGUCUCAGCGCAGCCUGGACCAUGCAGGAGACCUGGAUCUCUUAAGAGGGGGGUGCCUUCUUAGGUACCAAGUCCUGCCGUUGGCUUUGUCAGCAUUCCUCAAACAGACCAUCAGUGUUAGCACAAAUCGAGCAGAAAGAAUAAGCUGUUGAUUUUCUACCUGAUACUUAAGCCAGUGGCCUGCUUUAAUUCACACUGAUUUCAUUUUGAUUAGCAGGACUUUUCCACUUUGAAGAUGAAAUAGCAACUUUCUCAAAGUGACCUGUACUGCAAAUUCGUGAUGCCUGAAAGUUUUAUACGUAGAGACUUAGGUGGGAGGCAAGUUAGGUUUCCAUGAGACACCAAAGAAAUGAUGACUCUGAACUGGGUGGAGCAGGGUCUUCACCUUUCUGUUUCUGUCAACUUGUCAUAUACACUUUCGGGGACCAAAAGAUAAACACAACUCAGAGUCUGUGUGGCCUGACUGCAAAUAAGCUGUGGCAGGCGCUACAGCACAGAGUGCAUUUUUGUUCUAGGAGAAAAGCUAAUCAUGUCAUCUCUCACAAAAUUUGGGGGGACCUUAAAGAAAUAGAAUUAAGGCUUAAGUUAUCUAUAAUAUAUAAUCAAUUAAAAAUAAUGAAUGGAUGCAUGUAGAAUGGGUGUGAUUUUUUCGAAGUUUAUUUUAAAAUCUUAGAAAUCAAGUUACACCAGAACUAUUCAAAAAUUGUACACACUUAAAACUCAGAUCAGUAAAGUGUUGGCACCUUUUAGACUCAAUAUAAAAAUGAAUAAACCAUUGCAAUGCUUAAGUCAGAGGGUUUUAUUGCUAUAAUCUUAAUGGCAGACAAAUCUGAGCAAAACCAUUGGAUGGGAAACCAUUUUCCAAAUUCAGACCUUCCUAAUACUAUCUAAAAUCAGAUAAACUCUAGUUUCCAUCCUGUGCUGUCCACAUGUGUGACAUUUAUGAAAAUUAGGAACCCAUCACCACUCUCACAUUGUCAGCUUCAGUGUUCAUGGCAGCUCACCCUUCCUAGCAGCCAUUCCCCACCACAAAGAGCACGGAGCUCAUGGGAAGCUGGAGUGGAGCGGCAAGCCCUGUACGGUGCUUUCCCAUGACCAGCGGUGCUUCCAUCAGACGGACCGUUUAGGAGCAUUUAGGGUACAGGGGAAGAGAAGGCAGGUGCAUACACGAUCCCUUAAUUUAACAAGAUUAUCAGAAUAAGCAUUCAAGCCCUGAGGAUCUCACCGCCUGACGAGUUCCUCCAAUAUUCCCUGGUCUAGAAUGUGUGCGUAUAUACCGCAGUGGUUACUUUCAUACACAUUUACACCACUACGUGUGGGGGCAUGUCUGAUGCAGGAAGCUAUUUAAAUAAAGAGAAUACACAGACUUGCUUCAGUAAAUUAUAGUCUCUGUUUUAAAAAUUUCUAUGACCAGGGCUUUCUAUACUGUCUCUUUUGAGCCAGGACACAACCUCUCAGUUACUGGACUCACUCCUCAGUGACCUAUGACCUCAUUAGAAGACAGGAAUAG